AUUGAUGAAACUGUACCAUACAUGCUAUGAUGAUGUCUUAUCCUCUUCCCUUACCUUCUUCCUCUCUAACUCAUUCCAACAUGGCCACUGCAUCUGCAUGCCUUCCUUCCCACAUCUUCAGAUUUCACCCAUCAAAGUCUAAUGCCUCCACUUCAACCCUCACAUGCAAGGCAUCAUCAUCAUCAUCAUCAUCAUCAAUAAUGUUAGACUUUGACUUGUAUGAGCUUCUGGGCAUUGACAGCUCCUGUGAUCAGUCACAAGUGAAAGUGGCAUAUCGCUCUCUUCAGAAACGCUGCCACCCUGACAUUGCUGGCCCUGCUGGUCAUGACAUGGCCAUCAUACUAAAUCAAGCUUAUUCCAUUCUCUCUGACCCAAAUGCACGCCUUGCCUAUGAUAAGGAGCAAGCAAAGAGUUCAGAAUUCAAAGGCUUCACCGGCAGACCCAUAUACUCGGUUUGGUGUGGGUCAGAAAGUGAGCAGCGGGCGAUAUUUGUUGAUGAAAUAAAAUGUGUUGGUUGCCUGAAAUGUGCUUUGUUAGCAGAAAAGACUUUUGCUAUUGAAUCAGUUUAUGGAAGAGCAAGGGUUGUUGCUCAGUGGGCUGAUUCCCCACACAAAAUUGAUGAGGCAAUAGAAUCUUGUCCUGUCAAUUGCAUUUCGGUUGUUGAGAGGUCCAACCUUGCUGCUUUGGAGUUCUUGAUGUCCAAGCAACCACGUGGCAACGUAAGAGUAGGUGCAGGUCAUACAGCUGGUGUUCGUGUCUCUAACAUAUUUGUAGAUGUGGAGAAGUUUCAGACUAGAUUCCAAGAAGCAAAGGAAAAAGCUUCCAAGUGUUCUAAGGAGGAAACAGGCCUCCAAAAAGAAUCAAGAAUGUCAGCAAUGCAGGCAAUAAGAUCAAUUUCCAAUUGGCUAUACUGGCAAUCACCAAGUGCAAGUAGUAGUUCAUCAAAAUCUGAAAAAGGCAUGACAAGAGUUGUAUAUAGAUUGCCUGAACCAGAUAUUGGCAAGCUCAGAGAUGCAGUUGCAAGGAAGAAAGUAAAAGACAGGACAAGGACCAAACGUCAAACCCCGUUAAAUAACAUUCAUCCUGACGAGUAUUGGACUCCAUCCACUCAUGCUCUCCCUCCUUCAACUAUAACUACGGCUGCUCCAACCCUACCUGAGAAGCCUUCAGUUACUACCACAGCACAGAGAAAACUAAAUGAAAGAGAUCCUGAAACAUAUAAUAGCCCUAUUAGAUGGGGAUUGCCAAUGGUUACUGCAUUGACUGCAGUGGUUUCAGUUCAAAUACAUGCAGCUGAGUCAACACAUGAGUUGAACCAACAUGUGGGUGGUUCUUUAGCUCUGGAAAUUGUUAACAGUACUUGGUUGCAGAGUAUUCUGGCAGCAGCUACAUGGUAUGUGAUUGGAAUGGCAGUUACAGAACUUGUGGCCAUAAUUGGAAACAAAGAUAGAUAGAAGUACAUUUUAGGAGCUUUAAAGUUUGGUAGCAAAGAUGUUAUAUAUACAUGUAAUAAGCAGUAAGGUAUAUAAAAGUAUAAAUAACAUGCGAUGAUGUAAUAAUUCAUACUUGAUCAAUUCUCUGAAUCAGCUUCUUCCUCAGGUGUGAAACAUUAACCCAUACUUGUUGGGGAUUAAAAUUUACCACUUUGUUGCAACUUCCCCCAAUAUGGUCCAAGGACAUUGAAAAUUCUACUUGAUGUCUCACAGGGGACUUUGUUCUC